AUGGUUAAGGUUGUGAAUGAACCACCACGAAGGGGCCGAGGCCGGCCGAGAAAAACAGAGAAAGCAGCAUCAAAGAAACCAUCUGCUUGUACAAGUAAAAGGUUCACAAGUUCUGCCAAUACUAGAAUGGUGAAAUGGUGCCCUGAGAUAGACUAUCCUUCCAAGGACCACAUUGAUGAUGACAACACGGUUAAGGUUGAGAAUGAACCGCCACGAAGAGGCCGAGGCCGGCCGAGGAAAAAAUUGAAAGCAGCAGUAGAAGUAUCAUCUCCUUCUACAAGUAAAACAUUGUGGAGUUCUGUCAAAACUGGAGAUGUAGAGAAGGGCCCUGAUAAACAAAACUGGAUGCUGUGUUGCAAGAAUGAAGAAGCUAGUCAAUCUGAAGAGACAGGUCUUAAGAUGCCAACAAUUCCAAGUGCCAGUGUUGAUCCUGAUAAAAGAUUUCAUGUCAUGCAAGUAUUCUGUUACGAAACAGUGGCCUGUAACAUUGCCAUUUUGUCCUCCGGUUGGGUCUCGUUCGCUCGAGAAAAUAACUUGAAAGCUGGAGAUAUUUGUAUCUUUGAGCUUGUUUACAGAGAAGGUGCAGAGCUUGAUGCUCAUAUUUUUCGAAGGAAUGCUUAA